CCAUGUUCACCUUUGCAACUCGGACUGCUGCACACACCCUGGCUCGGCCUGUGGGACGGACGCUCAGCGGCGCUGCUGCGUCGCGGGCGAGCAGCUCGGACGAUGAGACGUACGCCAAGUCGCACUUUAUGCCGUCGUGGGGCAAGGGCACGAUCGGGAUCCAUGCCGGCCAGGCACCGGACAAGGAGACCGGGGCCACGAUUCCACCGCUGCACAUGACGUCGACGUUUACGCAGCCGUCGCCGGGCGAGCCGAUCUCGCAUGAGUACUCGCGGACGUCGAACCCGACCAAGAACAACUUGGAGACGUGCUUGGCGGCACUGGAUGGUGGCGCAGACGCCGGCGUGUUUGCGUCGGGCCUCGGGGCGACGACGGCGGUCCUGCACUCGCUGCGGCCGGGUGACACGGUUGUUGCCGGUCACGAUCUGUACGGCGGCACGUACCGGCUGCUGACCACGAUUUUUGCCGAGUGGGGCCUCAACGUCCUGUUCACCGCCGACGGUACGACCGAAGCGUACAAGGCCGCCAUGGAGGAGGCCGGCGACUCGCUCAAGCUGGUGUGGGCCGAGACGCCGACGAACCCGAUGCUGGACGUCGUCGACAUUGCUGCUGUGGCUGCGGCGCGUGAUGCCAUUGCGCCGGGCGCCAUGCUGGCGGUCGACAACACUUUUGCCACGCCCGUCCUGCAGUCGCCGCUUGCCCUCGGCGCCGACAUGGUCGUCUAUUCAUCGACAAAGUACCUCGGCGGCCACUCGGACGUGGUCGGCGGCGCGCUGGUCGGCAAGACGCCCGAGGUUCUCGGCACCCACGCCGACAAGGGCCCGCGUUUCUACCAGAACGCGGCUGGUCCGCAGGCUUCGCCGUUUGACUCGUGGCUUGUCCAGCGCGGGCUCAAGACGCUCUCUGUCCGCAUGGAGAAGCACUGCGACAAUGCCGAGGCGCUGGCCAACGCGCUCGUCGACGAGCUCGGCGCCGACGCUGUUGUCUACCCGGGCCUUGCCUCGCACCCGGGCCAUGAAGUUGCUGCCAAGCAGAUGCGUCGCUUCGGCGGCAUGGUCUCGCUCCGCCUCGGCUCUAAGGCCGAGGCCGUCAAGGUGGCCAAGGCCCUCAAGGUCUUCUCCAUCGCCGAGUCGCUCGGUGGUGUCGAGUCGCUCCUCUGCCACCCGGCGUCCAUGACCCAUGGCUCCAUCCCCAAGGAGAUCCGCGAGGCCCGCGGCGUCAACGACGGCCUCCUCCGCUUCUCGGUCGGCAUCGAGGAGACCGAGGACAUCCUUGCUGAUGUCAUCGGCGCUGUCAAGUCGCUGUAAAGAAAGACGAGACUC